CUCCCCGGGCCCCGCCCGCCGCUAGCCGUCGGGGCGGCCUCGGCCCGGGAGUGACCGGGAACAGAUGCGCCCGUGGUGAGGUUACCCCGGUCCCGCCAUGGCCGCGCGCCCCGGGACUCUCUGGCUGCUGGGCCUAGUGCUGUGCACGCUGAGCGGCUGCGGUCCCGGCCCGCGACCCCCGCCCGGCUGCCCGCAGAGUCGCCUGGGCCCGCGUGAACGUCGCGACCUGCAGCGCGAGAUCCUGGCGGUGCUCGGGCUGCCCGGGCGGCCCCGGCCCCGCGCGCCGCCUGCCGGCGCUGGGCUGCCCGCGUCCGCGCCGCUCUUCAUGCUGGACCUGUACCGCGCCAUGGCCGGCGACGACGACGAGGACGGCGGGGCCCCCGAGCGGCGCCUGGGCCGGGCAGACCUGGUCAUGAGUUUCGUCAACAUGGUGGAGCGGGACCGCGCCCUGGGCCACCAGGAGCCCCACUGGAAGGAGUUCCACUUUGACCUGACCCAGAUCCCGGCGGGGGAGGCGGUCACAGCCGCGGAGUUCCGGAUUUACAAGCUGCCCAGCACCCACCAGCUCAAUCAGACCCUCCACGUCAGCAUGUUCGAGGUGGUCCCCGAGCAGUCCAACAGGGAGUCUGACUUGUUCUUUUUGGAUCUUCAGACGCUCCGAUCUGGGGACGAGGGCUGGCUGGUGUUGGACGUGACAGCAGCCAGUGACCGCUGGCUCUUGAACCGUAGCAAGGACCUGGGACUCCGGCUCUAUGUGGAAACAGAUGAUGGGCGCAGCGUGGAUCCUGGCCUGGCCGGUCUGCUGGGGCGACAGGCCCCGCGCUCCAAACAGCCUUUCGUGGUCACCUUUUUCAGGGCGAGCCGCCCUGUCCGUGCCCCUCGGGCGGUGAGGCCCCUGAGGAGGAGGCCGCCGAAGAGAAGCAACGAGCUGCCGCCCCCGAACAAACUGCCUGGGAUCUUCGAUGACGUCCACGGCUCCCACGGCCGACAGGUGUGCCGUCGGCACGAGCUCUACGUCAGCUUCCAGGACCUGGGCUGGCUGGACUGGGUCAUCGCCCCCCAAGGCUACUCAGCCUAUUACUGUGAAGGGGAGUGCUCCUUCCCGCUGGACUCCUGCAUGAACGCCACCAACCACGCCAUCCUGCAGUCCCUGGUGCACCUGAUGAAGCCAGAUGCGGUCCCCAAGGCAUGCUGCGCGCCCACCAAGCUGAGCGCCACCUCCGUGCUCUACUACGACAGCAGCAACAACGUCAUCCUGCGCAAGCACCGCAACAUGGUGGUCCGGGCCUGUGGCUGCCACUGAGGCCAUGCCGGGCCUUGGCGCUGGCCCCCACCCGGACAGCCCUCCACAGGCUGGGACCCCCCAACACCGUCACAGCUCGGGCAGGCAGCCCAUAUCCUGUCAGGGCCGGUUCUCUCCAGGCCCCUCUGCCCCCUCCCUGCCUGAGGUCGUGAUGGAACUCUGGCCUCCAGUCCUGGUGGUCUGAGUCAUCAAGCAGGGGUCUACCCCAGCCCCCUUCCCAGAGGCACGUGCUGAUUGUCCUUCGAGGUUGGCAGCGUCCUGUCUGAGGAUCUGCCCUUGUCCACUGCUGGCCCAGCGUCCUGUCUGAGGAUCUGCCCUUGUCCACUGCUGGCCCAGCUACGGCCGGGCGUGCGAUGAACUCAAAGGCCUCUGGAACCCUGGAUGGCUCCCUCAGGCCCUUCACCAUUCAUGAUGGGGUUUGGGGAUGCGUAGACGGGUCCUGGCCCAUUUCCAGUUCCCUGCCCUUCCCAGGUACUGGGCGCUUCUGGGCACUUUCGUUGCCCAGUGUGGCAUUGCCCUCAGUGUUCUAUAUUUGGGGCUCUGAAUUACCAAAUCGCUGGCCACAAGGACACAUGUGGGUCACCUCCAUCCAGAAAGAGCUGAAUGAACAUGAUUUAGGGCCAAGGCCAAUGGCAUUUAUCUUCCCUCUCUUCCUGCCUUGAUCUGCUUCUGCUGUCUCAGGAAGAGACUUUGGGGGAACAAAAAAUCUUGGGGGCUUCAUUGACCCCCAUCUGUCUGUCACCAUGUUGAACCAUCAGGAGCUCAGCUCUGCAGAAAAGUUAUCUUUUCACUGAAUCAAGUAUGGUGGAUACAUCACGUGGCCCAGGAUGGCAGCGCCCAGCACAGAUGAUACAACCUCCUUUACCUUGUGCACAACAGUCAGUAAUCAACCUCAAUCUUUUCUUUCACAGCUGGAAUUUCAAAAUGAUGAGCACAGAACUCUAGCUGGCACCGCAACAGAUGAGAGUUGGCAUGUGAUGUGAAAACUGUCUGCCAUCUCCUGCUAAGGAGCCAUCCACUGUGCCUAGAGCAACGCAUCUGGGACACUGGGUGGCCUGGGGUCAGGUGUGGGGCAAAGGCAGGGCUUGUCAGCACCUGCCCAUGUCCGGAAGUUGUCAAAAACAGGCUGGUCACCCAAGUCACAUCACCCUAUGUGCCCAGGAGCCCUGCUCUUAUUUCUUGGGGCCUGUGAGCCAAAGAAGAGUCCCCUGUCCCAGGGGAGUGACAGGUGGCAAUUAGGCUGAGCUGGGUGGGGAAGUUCUCGGAAACCACUGUUCUCCUUGGAGCAGCCGCCAGCAGCUGGAGUAUUUAUUUGAUUUCUGACUUGCUAAGCCUGUAAUUUACCUGCUAGAGCAGACAGAGUCCAGCUGCCCAAACUGUGUCAUUAAAAGCAGAUCCGGGGCCCGCCCCAACCCACGGGCACAGCCCAGGAA